AGGUUGAGCAACACUGCAUCCACACUGGGUGCUAGUGCCAGAUGCAGUGCAAACAACCAGCCACCUACUUACAUGUAGCGGUCUGUCUGAUUCCAGCACUUAAUCUUCCAGGCUCCACCAGCAGCAGGUAGCCAGUCCCUGAUCUUCUACAGCAAAAAUGCCAUGCCCGUUCUGGAGAAUGCUGUUUUUUGUAAGUCUAGCAGGGUUUCUUUCAGAUUUGUCUGAAACUGGAGCUUUUGCCAGUCAGGGUGACUGCGACAGUAACACCAUAGAUAACAUGACUCUGAGCCUUCAGAAAUACUCAACGUGCCUUCCUGAACUGGCAAAAAAAGAUGGACGAGAUUCACUCAAUCGCCUUAUCUGGAUACUGAAAGACAGUCUUAAUCUUCUGCAACCUGUUCAAGACAAAUUUUGCAAGCAUCUACCUCAGUGCCCGCAGCCUAUCGCCCCGAAGAACGGUGGGAUAGUGUGCAUCACUAUUGGCAGCACCGAGUACUGCAAACCCAUGUGCAACAAGGGUUAUGACUUCUCAUUCCUCAGAAGAAGCAGGCUGUUUGAAACCUGUGGUAGCACCACUGGGUUCACCUGGACGACUCAGCUGACUGGGGGGCAGACACUGGCUGUCUGCGAACCCUCGGAGAGGGCCCUGAGUGGAGCUGAAUCUGCCUAUUUCCCCGACAAUAGCAGCUGCCUGCACACAUUAGCCUACAGCGAGACUGAGCAGCUGGACACCUUCCUCGGAGAGCUUGCUAAGCAAGGCAUAGACACCUUCAACCAUGACAAGGAGGCAGACUGUCUAAUAUGUGGUUAUUAGCAGGCGGGACUGGCAGGCACACUACGCUUGUACCACUGACCAAGCGGCUGGUUGUGGUUGGAUGUGAGUAUUUCAAUGAGGAAAGCAGAGCAUUAAAAUCCCUCCUAAGACCUGUAAACAUACAGCUUGUAUUUAGUUAAAAGAUUUGAGAUCACAGUCACCAUUUGACCUCAGCCCUUGGGUACAGAUGCAUACAGUAAAUCUAGUCACAUAGCUCACUGCAGGGGCAUUUUUUAAGAAUGCAGCUUGUAUUUUUAUGCCUUAAAUUUGUCUUACCAUAAUUAGAAGGGAAUUAGUCUCUUAAUUGAUGCGGUCAUUAGUUAAACACAAUAACUGUUGUCAAAAAUCAACUUCUGUAAAGAAGGAUCAUUUUUAUGGAGGAAGAGUUUUACUUCUGGUUGCUUUCACAGGUGUCAGUUAAUCAAUGUCAUUGCUUUGAUGACCAUUAAAACAGUGCAAGUCACAACAGCUAUGGCUAUAGGAAACAA